AAGUAUACGAACUUCCGGUUUUCUGCAACUAUGGAGAAGAACAACGGCAAAGUCUGUUGGAUUUGUGAUAAGUGGUUCUCCAAUGGGAAAGCCAUUGGAGGCCACAUGAGAUCUCACUACGGCAAAUUGCCAAUGCCUCCAGCCAAUUCAACAGAUUUAACCCAGCAUCCGAUUUCUGCUUCCUCACUGACUUGCUAUCCAGAAAAAAACCAAACAGAGAAUGUUCGACCUAUGAAACGUGACUUCUCUGCCAUCUCUGCAAACUCAAACAGAGGAGACGGAUCUGCACCCUACCCACAAAACCCAACCCGCAAGAGAUCCAAAUGCCACCGCCAACUUCAUACAGUGGCCGAUAGACAAGCAGCUGACGCUCUUUGUUUGUUGUCCGAAGGGGAGCCAAAGAGCGGUGGAGGAGAGUCGCUUGCUCAAGCUGACUCUCAAACCAGGUUCAAGUGCGAUAGGUGCGGAAAAAUGUUCCAAUCUUACCAAGCUCUUGGUGGGCACAAAGCAAACCAUAGCAAAACUAAGAAUCUGGACCUAGGUGAUGGAUACCCACACUCGUGUUGAAUAAGUCCCCGGUGAUGAUCCCUUAAUAAGUCUCACAAAGUAAUUGUGAAGAUAGGAAACUGCACACUUAAUUUUUCAUUAUGUACACAGUCUUCGGCUGUGUUCAGUUCUGAAUGUUAAGAACAAUGUUGCUUUCAAUCAUUUUAAGUUUUAAUAAAUCGAAAUUGUGGGUUUA